CCGGAUGCACACAAAACCACCGAUUCAGUUACGUUGCAGGCGAUGGAAGAUAACGUGUUGAGAUUUAGCUAGGACUGGUUCCUUAGUUUGUGAAAUGGAAUUGAUUUUUCUUACACGGUUCUAAUAUGAUCUCGGAUAUUUUUAUUGUAUCUUGUCACAACACAGUUCUUGCAGCCAAAUCAUACAGAUUUGAUUGUGAAGGAACAUCAAAAGAUGUGUUUGUUCAGAAACUACGGGAAGUUAGAUCCAGUCAGCUUCCUCCUCACUUUAAGGAGAAUGGAACCACCUUUUACUAUGUGAAAAGGAACAGUAUGUACUUUGUAGCCACCUCUCAGGCUGAUGUGUCUCCAAUCUUCGUCAUCGAGAUCCUAAGCAGAAUCUACCAAACAUGCAAAGACUUUUGUGGAGUUGUCAAUGAAGAGUCCAUAAGAGUGAAUAGCCUGCUUGUAUUUGAAGUACUGGAUGAAAUAUUGGAUUAUGGCUAUGUCCAGUUGGCUACAACAGAAAAGUUGCGACCUUACAUCCAGUCUGAUCCAGUAAUCAUCAAAUCGACUCGGGAACCAACCAGUGACCUCGGGUCGCGAAUGUUUGGUAUUGAGAUGAAAGUAACCCCAGGAUCAGCCUCCAGCAAACCAUUGGUAUCCUCCUCUGCUGACUCGGAACACAAGAAGAAUGAGGUCUUUGUUGACGUGAUUGAAAGAUUAACAGCUGUAAUCAAUAGUGAUGGCACAGUUUCCCGCCUUGAGGCCAAUGGUAGCAUCAACAUGAAGAAUUUCCUUUCUGACAGUCCAGAAAUUAAAAUUGGUCUCAACGAGGAUCUUGCCAUCAAGGCAGGGGCUCUCAAAGCCUAUGGUGACCAAGUACAACUGGACCACUGUUCAUUUCAUCAGAAAGUUAAACUGGAGGAGUUUGAGAAGUCAAGGGUGUUAAAGAUACAGCCGUCUGUGGGAGAGCUUUCCUUGAUGACAUACAGUGUGUCAGGAGAAGGUGCCCUCAGUCCACCAUUCAGGAUCUCACCAUUUGUGGACAACACAGACAGCAGUCAAGACAUGCUCCUGACCGUGCGAUUGAAGAGUGAAUCCCCAGUGAACACACAGGCAGUAAAUGUCUGUGUGCGUAUACCAGUACCUCAUAACACUACCAGUGUUUCACAACACCUAGACGGCCCAGGGCAGAUGGCAGAACUGAGACAAAAGAUUGACAACAAGAAUAUUAUUUGGAAAAUAAAGAAACUUCCAGGACAGACUGAAGUAAUGGCUCGAUUUCGGGUGAUCAAUCAAGGCAAUGGGAAACUGAACAAACAAGAACUAGGGCCAAUGGUUGUGGAGUUUGAAAUAUCUAAAUAUACUUGUUCUGGACUGAAAGUAAGGUUCCUGCACAUUCCUGUACAAGACCCCAACAACACUCCCCACCGCUGGGUCAGGUGUAUGACUGUCAGUGAUUCCUACCUGGUUAAAAUUUGAAAUUAAAUCAAUUACUAAUGCAUUAACUUAUACUAGUGCUUAAUCAUGUCCCACUGCCCCCAUUGUAUUGGGGUUGAGUUAAUUGUGCUGUUUAUCAGUAAUGAGUCUGUCUAUGGAUUGCAUUUUAGCUGACUUGUCAUGUGUGAAAUGAUGUUAUCAGAAUAGAAUACUGUGUAUCCUCUUAAAAAUGUUAAUGCCAUAUUACUCCUAUCAAACUAAAUCAUAUCAUUUUGUUUAAAAUAGAUGAUUUUAUUUUCUUGAAGACAUUUCAACAAAGGUACUUGCGUACCAUUGGAUUGCAAGUUGACAAAAGGAUAAUAUGAGAAUGACUUUGCAUCAGAUAUCUGGGUGUUAAUGAUAGGGUAUGGUAGCAGUGUACAGUAGCGUACGGUGAUAUUUUUGUACAAUAAAUAACCCCUGUAAUAUUACAUGUAUCUGA